AUGAAUAAUAUAAAAUAUGAAAAAGUAAAAAUUGUUUACAAUGAAUUGAUUUCAAAUUAUAAAAACUAUAAAGCAAGGGAGAUAAUUAAAUUUAAAGAUAUUACAUCAAUGGAUUGGAUGAUUAAGAACCAACUCUAUUUAUUAAAAUGUAAAUUAAUGGCUAAUGAAUACAUAGAUAUCAAUUUAAAAAGUUUAGAAACAUUUAUAAUCAACCUAAUAAAAACAUCAAUGAAUUCAGGUGAAUUAUCAAUCAUUGAAAAGCAAGUUAUAAUUUUAUUAUUUAAAAUUAAAAAAGUACAAUGUAAUGGUUUCAUAGAUGAUAUUUUAUUAUUUUUAAUUUCAAAAUUUGCUAUUAACACUCAAAUAGAUUUCAAAAACAAUGGCAUAAAAGAAAUGUUUAAAAUAUUUCUAAAUGAUUUAUCAUAUCCAAUACCAAUUUAUCAAUCAACCUUAGAAUUUGUAAUUAGAACUCAAAAUAAUAAUAACUCAUUGAUAAUAUUACUAGAUUUAAUACUAAAUUCAAAUUCAUCAUCAACUUUAUCAAAUCAAUCAAAAGAAAUUUUAAUAAAUUAUAUUAAAUUUAAAAGAUAUGAAAUUAAUAAUAAUAAUUUUAAUUAUUAUAUUAGUGGUGAUAAUGAUAACGAUAAUAAUAAUAAUAAUAACAAUAAAAUUAAUAAAUUUAUAGAAAUUGAUUAUAAAGAUUUAAUUUUAAAAAUUUUAGAAAAUCAUAAAUUAUCAUUAGAUGAAAUUAAGAGUAAAAUAGUACCAAAUUAUUAUUUUGAUUCUUUAUUAGAAUUAUCAAUUUCAAGAUAUGAUAUUAAUGAAAUUAUAAAUUUAAUUCAAAAUUUUAUAAAUGAAAUUAAUAUUGAUAAUCAUAAACAAACCUCAAUCACUGUUAAUAAUCUUUAUCAAUUAUUAUUGAAUAUCGAUGGUAUAAAAUUAGAAAUUAUUCAAAAUGUUCGUAAAUUAUUAUCAGAUCAUGCCAUUAUAAUCAAUCAUAGUUUAUGUCACACAUUUUGGUAUCUUGCAAUUAAAUCACCAUUUUUAAUAAGAUAUUUAUUGAAAAGAGAAACCCAAGGUUUUGCAAGAAAAAGAAAAUUUGAAGAAUCUGACCAAAGAAAUGACUAUGAUCGUGGUAGUAAUCAAUUAUUCGAUGGUGAAGUUUUGAUUGGUAGAUAUAUAAACAACUCUGGCCAUUUAAAAUCUGGAAUCAUUUUAGAUUAUCGAAAGCUAACUUUUGAUUUUAUUUUUAAUAGUGAUGAUGGUGAUGAUGAUGAUAAUUUUGAUUCACUCUUAUUAGAACUUAUGAAACAAUGCACUCACGACACCUUUGGUGUUGAUAGAAAGAGUUCAGUUUGGUCAAUGUCUCAGGAUUUAUUUUAUUUGGUUUCAGAUUUAAAUUGUAAUCAUCUAUUCAAUGUAGAGAUUCAAUAUUAUUUAGAUAAUUAUUACACUGGAAAUGAAUGGAAAUUAUGGACAACUUUGGUUUCAAAUGGAUUUAGAUGUGAUUUACUUUUAAAACAAUUCAAUCUCAAAAGAUUUCAAUCAACAUUUAAAAAAGAUAAUAUUCUAUCAGUUGGUGAGAUUAUCUCUUGGUUUCAUUUAAUUUUUUCAAGUGGUAAUGUCGAUGCAAUCAAAGCAAUCUUUCAAAACUAUUAUCAUUUUCAAGGGAAAUAUUCUUUUCAUUUCGAUCUUAUUCAAUUGGAAACUGUCAAAUACUUGUUUACCCAUUAUUACAAUUUCUUUGUUCCAUCAUUUGAAGAGAUUUCAAAAUCAUCUAUAAAUUUCUUUACUGAAUCUUUCAUUAGAGGUGAUAUUUUAAUGUGUGAUCUCUUUUUAAAAUUUUAUCCAUUUCAAUUCAAAAUUACAAAUGAUUUAAUAUCAUCUGCAAUUAAUAAAAACAAAACAAAUAUAAUUAAAUAUUAUUGUGAAAAUGGAAUCAUUAAAUCAAAUAAUCAAUUAGAUCAUUUAAAUAAUCAAUUAAAAAUUAAUAAUUUAAAUUUUUAA